AUGGCCGAGAAGAGGCAGGCGGCAGGCAAGCCCCACGAGGAAGAGGAGGAAAUGCCCGCCUUCUUCAAAAACCUGGGCUCCGGCAGCCCCAAGCCCCGGCAGAAAUUCUGUGGCAUGUUCUGCCCGGUGGAAGGCUCCUUGGAGAACAAGACCAUCGACUUCGACUCCCUUUCCGUGGGACGUGGCUCGUCGGGCAGGAUCGUGGCCAAGCAGAAGGACGUGGCCCACCUGGGGUCGGAGGGUCCCUCUCUCGGCUCCUGGCAGAGCAGGAAGGGAGGGGAACCUUCUGCCGAGUUUGGGAGGAAGGUGGAAAUCCGGAGGGCAACGGGAAAGGAGGCGUUGCAGAACCUGAACGACAAGAGUGAUCGCCUUUUGAUCAAGGGUGGUAAAAUAGUUAACGAUGACCAGUCUUUCUAUGCAGAUAUUUACAUGGAAGAUGGAUUAAUAAAGCAAAUAGGAGAAAACCUGAUUGUUCCAGGGGGAGUGAAGACCAUUGAAGCUCACGGACGGAUGGUGAUCCCUGGAGGAAUUGAUGUCCACACUCGCUUCCAGAUGCCUGACCAGGGGAUGACCUCUUCCGAUGACUUCUUCCAAGGGACGAAAGCGGCCCUGGCUGGAGGCACCACCAUGAUCAUUGACCAUGUUGUUCCUGAGCCGGGCACCAGUUUGCUCUCUGCGUUUGAUCAGUGGCGAGAAUGGGCUGACAGCAAAUCCUGCUGUGAUUACUCGUUGCAUGUGGAUAUCACAGAAUGGCACAAAGGCGUUCAGGAGGAGAUGGAGGCCUUGGUGAAGGAUCACGGCGUGAACUCCUUCUUGGUGUACAUGGCCUUCAAGGAUCGCUUUCAGCUAACCGAUUCUCAGAUAUACGAGGUGCUGAGCGUGAUCCGUGACAUCGGUGCCAUCGCCCAGGUCCAUGCUGAGAAUGGUGACAUCAUUGCUGAGGAGCAGCAAAGGAUCUUGGAACUGGGAAUCACUGGCCCUGAAGGCCACGUGUUGAGCAGGCCUGAAGAGGUUGAGGCCGAAGCCGUGAACCGGGCAAUAACCAUUGCCAACCAGACCAAUUGCCCCUUGUAUGUCACCAAGGUGAUGAGCAAAAGUGCAGCUGAAGUAAUUGCCCAGGCCAGGAAAAAGGGCACGGUAGUAUAUGGUGAGCCCAUCACAGCAAGUCUGGGCACGGAUGGAUCACACUACUGGAGUAAAAACUGGGCCAAAGCAGCGGCUUUUGUCACCUCUCCACCACUGAGCCCUGACCCCACCACCCCGGACUUUCUCAAUUCUCUGCUCUCUUGUGGUGAUCUCCAGGUUACCGGCAGUGGCCACUGUACCUUCAACACUGCCCAGAAAGCUGUUGGGAAGGACAAUUUUACCAUGAUUCCUGAAGGAACCAAUGGAACCGAGGAAAGGAUGUCCAUCAUCUGGGAUAAAGCUGUGGUGACUGGCAAGAUGGAUGAAAACCAGUUUGUAGCUGUGACGAGCACCACCGCAGCCAAGAUCUUCAACCUGUAUCCACGGAAGGGGCGCAUCGCAGUGGGCUCUGAUGCUGACCUUGUUAUUUGGGAUCCGGACUGUGUCAAGACCAUCUCAGCCAAGACUCAUAACAUAUCAGUGGAGUACAAUGUCUUCGAGGGCAUGGAAUGCCGUGGGUCACCGCUGGUGGUCAUCAGCCAAGGGAAGAUAGUGCUGGAAGAUGGUAACCUGCAUGCAACCGAGGGCUCUGGCCGAUACAUUGCCAGGAAACCCUUCCCGGACUUCGUGUACAAACGCAUCAAGGCAAGGAGCCGGCUGGCUGAGCUGAGGGGGGUUCCUCGUGGCCUGUACGACGGCCCGGUUUGCGAAGUGUCGGUGACUCCAAAAACAGUCACACCAGCAUCCUCAGCCAAGACGUCUCCUGCGAAGCAGCAGGCCCCGCCUGUUAGAAACCUGCACCAGUCUGGAUUUAGCUUGUCUGGUGCACAGAUUGAUGAUAAUAUUCCACGCCGUACCACGCAGCGCAUAGUGGCGCCCCCUGGAGGCCGUGCCAAUAUCACCAGCUUGGGUUAAAGAACCGCAAGGGAGAAAACAUGGCCGCUUAGCGGAUCAUGGAAGAGGGUGGGGCCCUUGAAGACCCUUUGUUGAUUCUUUUAGAGCCUGUGAUAGUUACUGUGGGCAACCGGUGGGCAAGGCCAAAUCGAGGUCUCCCCAGCCCCUUCUUUGUCAAUCUCCCCUCCCCCACGUUUUCACGGAACCGCUUCACCUUCCCAUUCUGACACAUUUGGGAACCACCCCUCUGUUUUUGACAAGUGCAAGAUGCGAGAAAGGCAAACUUUGAAGAGUAGAGCGUGGGCUUCUGUUGGCAUUAACAUCCUUUUCUCCCCCCUUUCUUUCUUUCUUUCUUUCUUUCUUUCUUUCUUUCUUUCUUUCUUCUCGGAAGGAUAAAGUGAAUUUCUUGGGAGCUGCCUGUUCUGUUUAACUUCUUUUUUAAAAGAUAAACAAAUGAAGGCUUAGGUUUAACUAUCAAAAGAAGGAAGAAAGGGUCUAAACUGGAUUCUUGCAAACUGGAUUUGCAGCCGUGCGACUCAGAACAUGGGAACAACAAUCCCGACCAAAUUUUGCCCUCCUUUCCAGUCGAGCGGAAAGUAGAGAUUGCGCUGCUAAGGUUUCAGUCCAAGGGCAGUGGGAAGCUAGGGAGGAUGUCUUUAAAUACUUCUAGCCCUUUCUGGAAUUGUUUUCCUUUUUUGUGUUCGUUGUUCACAUACUCGUGUGUGCACUUACUCCUGCAUGUUGUCUUGCGUUUUGUUUUGAGAUGCCUUAUUUUGGAACAGAGACCAUCCUUCAUCUUUCCUACCUGCAUGAAUUCUGGGCUCUCCAUGGCUGCAGCUCCUUGUGGCCAUGCGGUCACAGAAUCUGCAGGUUUUCAGUAUUACUAGAGAUCGCUUUUCAGGGUGAGUCCGAAUCAACCAUGGUCUUCUGGUUGUACUUCUCAUUUGAACUGUUUGCUUUGUGUCAGCCCGAGAAUGGCUCUCAAGAGAACCUUCCGAACGACCACUCCUGGUUUGAUGGGUCGAGACCUCAAAUCAGGAGAUCUAGCAGGGAGUUUGCUGCCAAAUGACACCCCUUCUUCAUUGACAUUUGAGUUUCUCCUGCCUUCUGUGGAGCUUGGGCCAAAAAGACAUAUUUCCCAACCAUGCAGUGCUCAGGUCAGUCCUGCCACGGCUGCAGACUGAAGGGGCACACCCAGAGGCGCGGCAGAGCCUGGAUUCCACCGUCCUCUCCUGCACAGGUGCUGUGCCAAGAUCUUAGGGGCAGUAAGAGGGGCUCUCCUUCCUUUCCAGCCCCGCCUUUCCAAGUCAAGGAAGGCAGCCUCGGAGAUCAAGGAGAAGAAAGCCCCCCUGGAGAUAGAGACACGCUGCAUUGCCAUGGCCUGCGUGCCUGGCCCACCGUGCAUGUAAGGGGCCGUGGCAGGAAAGGGAGCUCUGUUACGCCAGGUGGCCACCUCCGUGGGGCUUGUGGCAACGACACAGCUGGGUCCCCCUUGCCAUUGCCACUUGAAUCCCUUUCGCCAGCAGAUGGCAGUGCACUUACCCAGCCGAUGAGGUGUUGAGUCACAGCGUAAUCCUUCACCUGUGUUUGCCCUCAUGCAGAGGCACCUCACCUGGUGCCCUUGGUGUUCUCCAAAUGGCCCUCCCGGUGCUCAGGAGCUACUCGCAGCCCCCAACAGGUGCAGUGACCUUGUCCUGCAAGGCAGGGCCGUCUCCUGCUUCUUUACCCCAUGGAAACAGAACUCCAUCUCUUUGUAGACCACAGAGAUCUCUUCCCGAGCAUCCAGGUGCAGGGCCUAACAUGAGCAGCCCUGGUUUCAGGCCUGUGGAUGUUGUAUUACAUGUUCACAACCGCAUGCCCUCUUUGGCUUGGCCAGUCCCUUUCUGCAGUUGUUCUCUAGCUGAUAUUUUCCCCCUUACAUCCAGACAGACAUUUGCCAAUUCUUUGGGAGAAAAAAUGGGAUCCGUUUAGGGUAGUGUGCUUACCUUGAAAUCCGGUGUUUGACGAGGGACUUGUAAAGGGGGCGCUCAAAGCUUCGUCUCAGACUGGGGUGCUCUGCUGCAGCUUGCUUCUGACCACUUACUUUCCGUGGUGAAGAAAACGGUUCAAAUAUAAAGCAGCAGCUCUUUGGAAGGUUGGGUGGCAGGCCAGGAGCACAGAGAAAACCAUUGCAGGAGCAGAGCACAGUAGGGACGGGAAUCUUGAAUGCCCCGAUUUAAACACACUGCAAUUUAGGGUGUGAAAAGGGUUUGGAGGAGGUUGCUAGAGCAAAGAGUGCUGGUUUUAGACUGCUGGUGGGCGAUUCCAUUUUUAAUGCUUUGGUAGGUAAAAAAAAACUUCCUGUAAGUAGAAAGCUAGCAGGGAAAAGGGAGAGGGUGCCAAACAUUCCUUCUGUAUGUAUGAGGUGUUUUACACUUGUGCUGUGUGUGUGUGCGUGCGUGCAUGCAUGCAUGUAUUAGCAAGCAAGUAUCACAAAUGGGAUUUCCUUCCCAGCUGUUAGUCUGAAGCAGCUCCGGGCCAUCUCUUUGCCACCCACGGGCCACCCAGGCUUAGUCCCCUGCUCAGAUUGCCGCACUCCAAUGGGCGCUUGGCAGGGAGGUGGUUCUGGACCAGCUCGGGGGCUUCUGUUUCCGGAACUGGACUGGCCCAGGGAAAAAGCCAUUAAUACCUGGCCACCGCACCUGUUGGCUCAGCCCUGGCAUCAUUCAUCCUGCCUAUCAGCUGUUAAUGGAAAAGACGUCGAUUCCCCUGUAAAGAUGUGCCGGUGUCCCUGCGCCCCCUGGCAGCUUCGCAGAGAGCAGUAGAUGGCCCAUUUUAUUUAUUUUUUUUAUAGACGUAGACAUGUUGGAGCACCAUAAGGGUAUUGAGCCUGUUCCUACUUCCUUCACAUUUAGCCUGCUGGUGGAGGCCAUGCUGGAUCUGGGCUUUGGGGUUGGAUGGUUCCUGUAUUCCAGGUGGUGGAAUCCAGUGCUCUGCCAGAAAUAGGUUGGGUCAGCUGGCAGCCAGAUGCCAAAAGCUGCAGAGAGAUCCUAGUCCGUUUUCUCUUGUAUUUGCCCUUUCACUCUUCCGACUGUGAUGCAGUUUAUCAUUCCAGACAGUUUCAGUUGGAUUUUGGUUCUUUUAUUUGCUUGAGAUUGCACUUUUUAUUAAGGAAAAAAGUAUUUAGUAAGUGUAAUAUAUAUAUUUGCAGCUAUUUUUAAAAUUUUAUUUGUUUUUCCAUUGGUGUUUUCAUGAUGACUUUAAGCAAGUUGUGUGUGGGGUUUUUAAGUGGGGGAGGGCAAAUAAUUAAAGAAAAUGAUUGUGUUUGUUUGAGUCCCAUGAAACACACGCAGCUCUUUGCUAUUCACUUCAGUCUUCCUUUUUUUCCCCCCAUAUCCGUUAUUAUUAUCGUCGUCGUUUGAGUCAUUUUGUUCUUUAGGGGAAAAAAAAGAGAGAAAAAGUUAAAAAAAAAUGUUGCAGGUUAUGUAAGCAUGUUUUUUCCUGUGGGAGCUUGCUCACUUUGUGUGUCUAUUUUAAUGACUGUCAUAUGUAAAUGCUUAAAAGAAAUGACAUUGAACAUGGAAAUAAUUUACCGCAGUGACUUGAUGCUCUAAAGGAAAAGGAAAGAAGAAUUAAAAAACCAUGUAGAAUUUACUACUAGCUGGAUUUUAACCCUUGGAUUUGUGCUUGUGAACAUGAGUGAAGGAGCUGUAAGUGCUAAGCUGAUCAUGUGUGUAGACAAAAGAAGUACCACUGUUUUGACCAUUCCCUCGAUGGUGAAAAUAGUGGCAUAAAACAAGUCUUGUGUUUUUCUUCCUUACAACCUCUGUGUUAUAUUACCAUGGGAACUCCUAAUAAAGACAAAAUGUUGUUGUUUCA